AUGGCCCAACAUUUUGAAUCAAGCUUCUCGAUUCUUAAUUUGUUAGCGAACGAUGACGGCACCAACACAGCGCUAACACCACCACCAUCCGACAUAUCCGUGUCACCGAACGAAUCGAUGUCGUCUAACGAAGGGAACUGCGGAAAUCGUCCAAACUAUACAUAUAGCGAAUUGGUGGCCAUGGCGAUUCGCAGCAGCCCUGAGGGUAAACUAACUUUGAGUGCUAUACAGAACUGGAUUAGUGAAAACUUUCCUUACUACCGAAAAGAUGAGCAAGGCUGGCAGAAUCAGAUAAGACAGACACUGAGCACGAACUCACAUUUCCUGAAGGUACCACGACCUUUGGGCGACCCCGGACGUGGUAACUAUUGGACAAUACCCCUCAAGCGGUUAUAG